AACGACCUGAGUUUAUUCACGAAAAGCAUUUUGACACAAUUCCAACGUCAGCACGAACAGAUCGGGGCGGGCCGCAGACCACGAACUUUUGAAAGAUGCCCCCGCUUUCGGCACGCGAUGGCAUCCACUUGUGAUCUCAACAUCUCACAGAUCCUUUGCUCGCAUGCAUCAGUUACCAUGCGAUCUUUACUGCUCUGUACAGCAUGACGAGCGCCAUGGGAGCUGCAACCGAAUCCGGUAUAAUUAAUACUUCCCCUCCAAAGACCCCUCAAUGGCCUGCUCACAACGCACCACGCGUGUGGUUCCUUACAGACGGCCUCUCUCCGAUAGCAAUAUCUCUGUCGCGUCAUUUGUUAGAGCACGGUGACUAUGUCGUUGCAGCUAUUCUCCAACAGGAAUAUGACACACCGAGGUCAGAAGAGCUGAGGGAAUUUUUGCGCGAGGUCGCGAGCGACGGCACAAAUCGCAGAGUUGGCGAUGAUGUCGAACCGGAAGAUGAUCAGCAGGGCGACGCAGACUAUGAAGAGAAUGGCGAGGCGCGAGAAUUUUGUGAAGAGCCAAAUGACGGCAGUGCGGGCGAUGGGAAUACAAACAACAGAAGAAACGAAAAGUCGAGGACGCCGAGGAAGAGAUGGCGCGACCGCUUCAAAAUUGUAGGCAUGGACGGAAGGAAUGUCGGCCAAUGUCAAUCCGCCAUCGCAGACGCACUUGCUGCUUUCCAACGAAUCGACAUUUUGCUCAUUUGCCGUUCAGAGGCGCUAAUAGGCACAAUCGAAGAGUUAGACCAAUCGUAUAGAGCGCAAUGCCUUGUCAGAGACCAAUUCGAGACGAACUUCUUUGCACCUGUGAAUAUUAUACGUGCGCUUCUUCCAAGCAUGCGCGAAAAGAGAAAUGGGCAUAUCGUAGUAUUAACGGGUAUCUCCGCACACCUUGGAACACCUGGACUUGCCAUGUACUGCUCCUCCCAGUGGGCCCUAGAGGGCUACUGCGACUCUCUAUCUUACGAGAUUGCCCCUUUCAAUAUUAAAAUGACCAUUGUGCAACCAAACCUAGAAAUUCCUGUUUUAACAAACAAGAUCACAUCGGUACCACCGAUGGCGGAGUAUUCUCCGGAUGCUAACGGAGCACCGUUAAGCAGAGAGAUUCUAUCAGCUAUUCUGGACAAACUGGAGGGAGACAUCCCGCCACUUCCCACAGCCUUUGAGACGGAAACCCCAAGCACAGGGAUAAUAAAUCAAAAUGAUUUCACCAGUCCAGCCGCAAGUGCAAUGACGGCGUCCACCCCACUCGGUUGUGAUGAUUCCAUCUCCUCUCCAUUGGGAGCAACAGAUCGGCCAUCGUCUACUGGCCUUACCCAAGGCGAUCUCUUACAUGCCACUACGGUGACUUCUCUUUUCCCAAAUCUACCACCCUCCAUGAAGUCCCCCCUCGUUUCGGAGACAGUUUUCGCCAUCGCCGCAAUCGGAGGCCAUGACAAUCCACCUAGCAGGCAUAUCGUUGGACACGAGGGCGUAGCAAGUGUAAAGGAGAAGUUAAAAACUAUUAGCGAGGAACUGGAAGACUUUUUGGGCGUCAGCGGAGCCGUCGAUAUUGGAGUUGACCCUGUGGGGAUAGCUCAGAGUGGUGAAGUCGAUCGGUGAAUUCGCGAAUAAAUUGCGAAUACUCAGCUAAAUAAAUGGAUGCUUUUGUUUGUCUUCCAACGAGCAAUCGAACUCAGCGAUACUCCAUUGGAAGUCGUCCACAAACUAUCUAUUCGAUUUGGACAGUCUCAAGUGGCAAAGCAGAUAGGGCAGGAAGGUCACUGGAACAGACGGCACCUAUGCGCCUGAACAACAUCGGAUGUUCAGGACUUCUUCCGAGAACGAUUCCAUACAGCCGCAUCGUUUCUAACUCAAAGAAGUCUUGGCUUUCUACAGUCUCAUCUGUUGAAAAGCACCAAAAACAAUACACAGCAUCAGAAAAGCUACUGGCCAGAGAAGAUGCCCUUGUGAUCACGCUGACAACUGAACCGCCUAAAUGACGGGUCUGCGUUUGCUCAAGUGCAGUGUCAGCAAAAAAGAGCAAUUGCUAACUAUGAUUCAAAGGCUCGAGAGCAAAUUCUGGCAUUCCGUUCUCAUCCAGUCUUUCGAUACAUUCGAGUUUCGAUUCUUCGAAUGGCGCUUUUACUUCAAGUAUUGUAGCUCUUAGCUCCCCAAAAGGACUGACCUAAGGUUUUCCGCCAACGAAUCCUAUAGCACUGCAAAGAAUAUCUACUUUGGUGGUAGUUUCAUCUAUGGUAUCCAAUGGGAAGGCAAUUCCUCCAUGAAAGGAAGCCCAGGAUCACGUGGGCGCUUGGAACAUAGCAGGAGGUUCGUCGAGUUUUACCCAACCCAAACUUGACCCAGGCUAGGUCAACAUCGAUUGUCUUCCACCACAUUCCCGAAAAUGUAAUCGGAAUCAUCGUGUGAUUUCAGGUGAGAGAAGUCUCCUACAGAUGGGAGAUGUAAAGAAGCUUGGGAGUAGGAUAAGAUAGUUAGGAUAAGGGUAUAUUAAGAUAGAAUAAAUAGGGAAGGUAAUGUUACGAAGUAACAUAGGAAUCACGUGAGAUGAUCAUACUGAUCAUGAAUGAUCAGGAUGAUCAGGCUGCAUAAACUAAGGAACUAUGAUUUGUCAAUGGGUUCCUGACGAAUUAAAGAUACAAGAAGUGAUCAGUUUGAUCAUAAGUGAUCAGGGUGAUCACUCAAUCUCGUCUUCUAUAAAAGAAGGUAUUUCCCCAGUCGCUACGGAAGUCGUAAUUCAACUGUCUAGUUUAUGU